AUGCCGAGCUGCCGAAAUAUUUCCCCGCCAGGUUCGGGCAAGGGCGAGGAUGGCCAGCCAAGCGAGAUCAUCUCAUCGAGUGCCCGAGACCACUUUCGACUGCGCCGAGCGAUGCUGCCGGCGUUCUCGAAGAAGGCGCUCGAUGAACAAGAGCCGCUCAUCCGCGUGUACGUGGACAUGCUCAUCGACAAGCUCCACGGAGUCGCUGCGAAGAGCCAGGGCCAGUCAACGAACAUGGUGCGAUGGUACACGUUCACAACCUUCGACCUGAUUGGCGAUCUGGCGUUCGGAGAGUCCUUCGACGGCCUCAAAUCCGGCCGACAAAAUGCCUUGGUGGCCAACAUCGAGCGCAUGAUGCGGCUGUUCCCGAUUCUCGUCCUUGCAGGGUCUUCGCCUUUAUUGUCCAACAUCUUUCUCUUGCCGGCCGGCAAGAAAAUCAAGGAGUCUCGUCAAGAACACCUCGGCUUGGUCAAGUCGCUGGCGACACAAAGAUACACGAACACGAGGCUGGGCAUUCAUCACUCGUUGAUCAGAUCCAUCCAUCCAUCUGUCACUGGCAGCUCUACAGACCCGACAGAAACAGGCCGCGUGAAGAUCAAAGCACUACACCGUUGUGACCAUCAUACCAACAAACUCCGUGUCCCUCUUCGUCGGCACUUGUUCAUCUCGGCCUGCAGUAUCCGUCCUCCCUACAGCCUACGUACCUCAUUACAUGCAUCUAGUAGUGCGGAUACUCUUGAUCAUCACACCGAACAAUUAAUGCCCGACAUGGAUGCUCAUGCUCUUGACUCCACCGUCUCCUCAGACCCACCGACGAGAUUGUUAUUUCAAUAA